AGCAGCACCACAGGGGGGGGGGCAGACGGCUCUCCCGGAACUCUGCAGCCGCUUCGGCUCGGAUCAUUUCAAAACAUCGGGGGUUCGGUCCAACAUGGCUGCUUACGGAUGGAAAUACUGAUGACAGUCCGAAAGAUCGCCUCGAUUUGUACGAUGGGCGCCAAUGCCUCUGCCUUGGAAAAGGAGAUUGGACCGGAACAGUUUCCCGUUAAUGAACACUACUUUGGACUGGUCAACUUUGGCAACACCUGCUACUGCAACUCGGUGCUGCAGGCUCUGUACUUCUGUCGACCGUUCAGGGAGAAGGUGUUGGCGUACAAGGUGCAGCCGCGUCGCAAGGAGUCCCUCCUCACCUGUCUGGCCGACCUGUUCAACAGCAUCGCCACGCAGAAGAAGAAAGUCGGAGUCAUCCCUCCCAAGAAAUUCAUCUCACGACUGAGAAAAGAAAAUGAGCUGUUUGACAACUACAUGCAGCAGGACGCCCACGAAUUCCUCAACUACCUCCUCAACACCAUCGCAGACCUGCUCCAGGAGGAGAAGAGCCAGGAGCGGCAGCAGAAUGGAAAACUGGUGCAGAAUGGUGGAGGAGGGGGAGGAGGAGGAGGAGGAAGUGCAGGAGGUGGAGGAAGUGAGGGGGGAGGAGGAGGAGGAGGAGGAGAAGGGGAAGGAGGAAAGGAGACACAGCAGACUUGGGUUCAUGAGAUCUUCCAGGGAACACUGACCAACGAGACGCGCUGCCUCAACUGUGAAGCUGUGAGCAGUAAAGACGAGGACUUCCUGGAUCUGUCGGUGGAUGUGGAGCAGAACACCUCCAUCACGCACUGUCUCAGGGGCUUCAGCAACACAGAGACGUUAUGUAGUGAAUACAAAUACUACUGUGAGCAGUGUCGCAGCAAACAGGAAGCCCAGAAAAGGAUGAGGGUAAAGAAGCUACCGAUGAUUCUCGCCCUCCACCUGAAGCGCUUUAAAUACAUGGACCAGCUGCACCGCUACACCAAACUGUCCUAUCGCGUCGUCUUCCCCCUGGAGCUCCGCCUGUUCAACACGUCCGGGGACGCCACCAACCCGGACCGCAUGUACGACCUGGUGGCCGUCGUUGUACACUGUGGCAGUGGUCCCAACCGCGGACACUAUAUCACCAUCGUCAAGAGCCAUGGCUUCUGGCUGCUGUUUGAUGACGACAUCGUAGAGAAAAUUGACGCACAAGCGAUCGAGGAGUUCUACGGUCUGACAUCGGACAUUUCCAAGAACUCUGAGUCAGGAUACAUCCUGUUCUACCAGUCGAGAGACUGAACCAGCCAGCGGUAAAUCCCCAACAGACUGUCACUCAACAGAGGGGGAGGCGCUUAAGGCUGCCACCGGCUCCGCCCAGUACGCUCACAUAAGUAUCCAGGCUUUAUUCCCUGCAGGCGGAGCUUUGCACUGGAGCGCCACUCGGAUCGAUUGAGACGUGUUCAGGUCGCAUGCCAGCCUCCUGGAUUACGACCGUUCAAAUCCUCUGAGCCCACACUGCAAAAAAAAAAAAAAAAAAAAAAGCAAAAAAAAAAAAAGCACCUUAACAAAACAAGAUGGCUGAAUCUGUAACACUCGCUUUGCACUGGGGCAUCAGCUGGGAAGACCGAGUAACGCCAAUCCAAGAGGCUGACAUCGCCGUGUGCACAGCGGUCCAUUUUGGAGGUAAAAGCAGUUUGGGAUUGUUGAGACGAUGCAAAGUAACCAAUCAACUGUUUCGGAUGAGGCAACUUCUGAUUGUAAUCCUCCUCGUCGUGUUAACCAUCAGUGUCAUCACAGUCUUCUUCAGCGUUUUUUUUUUUUUUUUUCGUGAUUGUGUGACAGGUACCAUGCGUUCACCCCCAAAACGAAAUCAUUCGGGAGACGGUGAAACUAAUAUCCGACAGCCUUGUUAGACGUCCCACCUGUCACGAUAAAACCACUGACACAACCUUUAGUGAUCGAAUAGCUUGAAUGUCCACUUGGAGCGCGGUGAUGCCGUUGCUAGUUUGCAGUGUUUGUAACAUGAAGUGGUGCUAAUAACAUACAGUGUUAAAGGCAGAGUGUGAAAUGAAAACCAGCCACCAGUGAGAUGUUGAUGAAUCUGAUGGAGGGGCUCAUUAUUUUAGUUUUUUACUGAAGAAAAUCUUUAUCUUAAAUAUUUAAAAAAUAUAAAAUAAAUUGAGGAGAUCUAGGUAAAAGUUUGAUUUUACCAUUUGAAGUUUCUCUGUUAAAGCAUGCCAAUCAAUUUCAUUGUUUUCCAUUAAUUGCAGCGACCCUUAAAGCAGGAAAUUACAACGUUUGGGAUGAAUAGGAACAUAAUGUCUGGUUGAAAAUCAGUUUGUCCCAAUGUGCUCCUUUUUAAAAAUAAAAAAAUCUGCAUGUUUUUCAGCAAAAAAAAAAAAAAAAGGUAAAAACCAAAAACAAUGAGCCGUACAGAUCACCAACAACCUUGGUCCAGUUUUAAAACGAGUGAGUGAAAAGUGGCUGGUUUUAUAGUAACUGGUGUGUCGUGCCAUUACGGGUUAUGUUUGGUGCCACAGCGGAAAAACUCAAAGAGGGAAGACACUGAACGAAGAGCAGUCAGGUGUUUCAGUGUUUUUUUUAAAGCCGGCUUUUUUGUGGUUUUGACAGAAAGCAAAGUCUCUCUCGCAGUUUGCUUUGAAAAGUUUGUGUUUUAACAUUUGAGUUUUUUUUUAAAUGCCAGAAUAUGCACAUUUGUACCAUUUUUAAAAGGGACACAUACAGAGAAAAGUACUUUUUCUUUUCUUUAAGUCAGUUCUGAAAUCCAAACUGUCACACUACGUACAGGUUGAAUGUUUGUGUUUAGCAUGUCUUGUCCUUUAUUAUUAAAAGCUUUAUUUCUGGACAGCAAACUCUGCUGAAGCUGGUUCAGCACACCUCAUAAUAUCAACCACCAAUCACACGCUGGCAAAUCUCGACUCUGGCUUAAGUGUUUCUCCUGCAGCUGCAGCGUUGGCAGGGAGUCAGACCUUUUACAUAACAUGUUUUUCACUCCAGAACCUUAAAUUGGAGCCGUCAGUAACGCUGAGUGAUGCUAACGGUCUGCUAAAGUGGCACGCGUCCACUGUCGGUUGACGACAUGGUAUAUUUAAUGCAGUAAGACUGUCUGGCGUGUUUGUCUGAGCAGUUUAAGAUGGAUUCCUUCUUUGUAUUUAAAAAAAAAUAACUUAGCACAAUAGGAAAGAGUUCAGGAUGUUCAUUUAAUGUUGACUCUUCCUGUUUUAGGAAUUUAAGAUUGUUUUAAAUCAGUAUUUAAAAAAUUAACAUUUGCAGCUUCUCCAAUGUGGGGCUGAUUUUUCUCUUAUUGUGAAUUCAAACCUUUUGAUUUUUUUUUUUUUAAAUUUGAACAAUAAAUCAGUGAAUAUUGAAAAUAAUCAGUGGCAGCUGUAUUGUAAAUCCAUUCAGUCAGCUGGUGAAAACUGGAAAAACUGGGAGGUAAUGCAGAAACCUUUGUAGUAACUAUGAAGUAAUAUGAUGACAAAUCCUCCGGUAUUGGGUUUUAUGUGCUUCUGAAUCUCUCCAACUAUCAUCUAGUCUAUAAAAUGUCCAAAAACAGUAGAAAAUGCACAUCUUAACAAACCGUAGGAGAUGUUUUCAAAUUGAUUUAUCCUACAAAAAUUGUCCCCAACCAGAAAAUAUUUAGUUUACAGUGAUAGAAAAAAAGAGACAACAAAAUCAUAUCCUCACAUUUGAGAAGCUAGAGACAGAAAAUGUUUAUGUUGGAUAAGUAACUUUAUCAGAUGAACAAAAUAGUUGCAGAAUAAUUUUUCAAGGGAUCGACUCAUCACUUAAUGGACUUUCGGCUCUAUAUGAUUGCAAGGAAGAGUCGGAUUUUUCUUCUGCUUCCUCCAUUAUGAACCACCGUCAGAGCCACUCAUUUUAUGAGUGGGUAUAUCUUUUCACCCCUGAGGUAAAAGAGUGUAAUUAAUGCUUUCAAAUGGGUUUUAAUUGUGCUGAGGCAAAGAGAAACAGGAGCCAUUUUAAAGCCUGUACUCAUUCUCUCUAACUCGAGCCUGCUGAUGGGCAGCAACCUGCUUUUUUCACCUCUGUUGUUUUUUGUUUAACGCACAAAACAAACCAAAUGUAGGAUUUUUGGUUUAAUCGUAUUUUUUAAAGUAUGUUUUACACUGCCAAGUUUGUGAGGCUCCACCCGACUGGGCUGUCCCAGAUUUAACAAGCAAGCUCACCCAGUCACUCUUUGUAACAGCUGUAGCAGAUGGAAAAUUAAUGGAAACAUGCUCUCCGUAGCCUUUAAGGUGUUUAUAUUCUACAGUAGUUGAGUGGCCUGGGCAGUGGGUCAAGUAUUAUCUGAAUGUUAAAAUGUACAGUAAAAUAAAAAUAGGGCUGCUGCUUGACCUGUAAAACACCACUUAGACACGUCUUAAUAAUCUGAAGUUGCUCUCUCUCCUGCCGAGACAAGAAAAAGCACUUUUAACAACAUACUUUAUUCUGAAAUUCUUCCUUUGAAGUCCUUUAGUUUGAACAAAAGUAAUGGAUGUCAGGUUGUAUAUCCUGGGGUUUGCUGACAGUGUUUUCACGUUACAAAGUGAUGUUGAGAUAGUAUUUGAUUGGCCACUGAUUGCCCUCCGACGUUGCUUUGUGGUCUAGCAAAAGUUGAGCCAGCUUCUCUUAGGGGCUAUGUAAUGUUAAAACACUCCCAGCAAACCCAGCCAUAUCCAAGUUGAUAUGUCCUAUUUUUUUUUUUUUUUUUUUUUUAGCAGAAGUGUGUGUUCAAGUUCUCAAAUGUCUCGCUUGGCUUAAAGUAACCGUAAAUGACAGAAGGAAAGGGAGCAACUUCAGAUGACGUGUCUCAAACGCUUCCCUUCAUUCACUGGGUUGAGGCUUCAAAGUCAACACUAUUUCCUGUCUCUGCUGCUCUUAAACUCAACUAAUCUACAUGAACGGAAGAUGUUUUGCGUGGUGUUGAAUUUGUUUUGGGGGUCACUCCACUUCGUUUCCACCAGUACUUCCAUUUCUGAAAGUCAGAAAAGGUAGUUUAUGGUUGACAAUGACUUGAAACGCAAGUUAUAUCCAGGCACCAACAGAAACUGUGGACUCUUGUUAGAGUUGCUUUCAUGAUGUUUUCAGAUUUUAGGAAAAAUUUACUCACAGUAUAAAUUAACAAAAACAAGCACAACAGAGCAUUAUUUGGAGGAUACAAGUCCACAGAUUAAGUUUGGAGCUGGUUAUGAUUCUGUUUUUUAAUAAAAUGCAGUUUCAUGGAAAUUAUUGGUCCUAAAAACUGCAAAUGUCUCUCCUCAACAAGACUGGUUGAAAUUAUUGGCAAAACAAAGUGUUUAAAACCCGUGUUGAAACAAGGCUCUUUUUUUAUUUAAAUACUAUUAAUAUUGUUAUGAAUGUUUAUGUUAUCUUCUUUUCUUAGAUGUUUCACUUGUUUUUGAUAUAUUUCACUAAUUUUACUAGUCUACCAUUCUUGAGUAGGCAGCUUUGGAUAUUUGAAGAUUAUUUUGGUUUCAUUUGGGAGUGUGUGACAAGAGAUGUUGAUGUGUACAUAAAUACAGAUGUUAUUAUUGGAAUAUAAAUAUUUGCUUGCUUGAAAUAAUCAGCAGACCUAGAUCAAAAAUGUUAGUGGACAUUAUAUCUUUAAAUACUUUUAUUCUGGCAAUGAAUCGAUACGCCUUGUGCUUAAAGUAUCAAGCCCCACCUAUCUGGCAUCCCAGGCAGCCUAAACCAAACAGCCCAAAGCUAAUUAGCUCAUAUGUAAUCUGACUGAUCACACUAUAAUAAACAGAAAACUACCUGAUAUCAUUAAGAUAUACUUGCUUUGAAGUUCUCCAUACAAGAAACUGCUGUGCAGAGAGUAACUGACCAAAAACUGUUCUUUGUAUCACAGUGUUAAAGGAAAAAUCCACAUAAUAAUUCUGUUUGAUUUAGUUUUUCCUGUGAAUAAUUAGUCAAAUGUAGAUGACAUGGCAACAGAUAUUUACAUUGACAUUUUGUUUUUAAUCUCUCUUAUGUUGAAGAGCACUAGAAGACAACUGUACUGGCUUCCCAAAAAGCUUAACUUAAAUUUCAGUAUCAAACUUAAAAUAUGUCUUUUGUGCAGUUUGAAAAUUGUUAACUUGUAAGGUUGCAUUGUAAUUUUUGUAAUAGUCCGACCAAUAAGCUGCCUAGGCUGAUAAUAACUGCUGAUAUUAUCUGAUUUCAGAUGUAUUAGUGUUGCGUAUAUGUUCAAGUAAUACAAAAUGAAAUUAAAGUACAGAAAUGCCAAAGAUACAUAUGAGAUAUUGGACAUAUUUUGUCCAACAGACAGCACUGACAAGUUUAAUUUUCAAUUGUAAAUUAAAUAAAAUACAUAGAGAAUGUCAGCAAAUACAUUGUUGUUGGAUAUCUUAAAAUUCUCUAUUUUGAUAUUGGUAUCAGUCUUAAACAUCUAACGUCUAAUAUCGGUUAUGCCAGAACACUUAUUUCUACAAAUAAUUGAUCAAAUAAGCUGCAUAUUCAUGAAAUGUCACGGGUAUCUAUGUAUAAGAAUUAAAUUAACCUAAAUAACUUACAGUACAAGUGAAAUUAUGAUGCAAAUUAUAUCUGAUCAAAGAAUAAGAAAACAACUUAACGACGAUUAAGUUUCAGUACUAAAAAUUACUUAAAUACUUAAACUGGUCUUCAACAUUGUGAUUAUUCACCUAAUCAAAGUCCUGAUGACAUUGCUUUCUGUUAAUUUCUUUAAUCUAAAAUAUGACGUCAUCUGCAAAGAGUCAGAGUUUAUUUCUAGAUUUUAAAUCAACUUCAACCAAUCAAACAACACAGAAAUCAAUUUGCGACUAUUGAAGAGGCAAGAAGACCAGUUUCUACACCAGAAUGUGCCGAAAAUAGGCCAGAAAGUCAUCUUCUGAUUUUUAUUUUUUUACCCAACUAGUCUGACGCGUAAAUAUUCAAUAUAUCAAGAUUUUUAUUAAGCUCCUGUUUGUUCGUUAUUGAUCAAAAGCAGCAAUGCCUCUUUUCAGAAGGCUUUAGAAAGCUAUGAGGAAGUAAAUUGAGUUGGGUUGAGGUUGGAAAGCAGAAGCACCAACCCUUUGUCACAAAAAAACUAUUUAAAUAACAAAAACUGACAUCUGCGGGUGGAUUUUUCCUUUAACAGUAUUAGUUGUUCUGUCCGGUCGUCCACAUCACUCCCCGUUUUCAGACUCAACAAGAAUGUAAAUGUUUUGAACCCAGUAUGUGAUGGGCGAACAGUGACUGAAUGUGUCAUUAACACUCCAAGGUUGUACGUUACGACUAUAGUGUGCAGCAGUGGCAGAAGCCUCCACAGACACUAACUAAAAUCAGGACACAUCCACACCUUCAGAAAAUAUUCAAACUCCUUGAUCUGUUAUUAUUUUUUAAAUUUGUGACAUUGAAUUUAAACUUUAAGAAAGUAUGGUAUGUUUUUUUUAGCCUCAUUUUACAUAAAAUAUUCCAUUAUGGAGAGUCAGCUACAGACUGAGGGUAAAAAAUCAAGGUGGUUGAGCCUUUUCUGGAAGGUCUGCUCUUCUUUUGGCACCAGCCUCAGACAGACUGAAGUGUUUUUACUUGUUUUUUGUGGCAGACAUUUAAUUGGCCAUGAAACUGCACCGUCUCUCUGUGGCUUCUCAGCUCUUGCUGCGAACAGAUCUGAAGUACAAAGAAUUGAAUCCUUCUCCUCUGAGUUGUUUUGUGGGUGUUUUGUGGGGGCUGCUGCUGCUGCACAUACUGCUGUCUGAAGUUCAUACUGAAUACAUUUAGAUGCAGUGAAGUUUGGGAGUGACGGCUGGUUCUGAUGGUGUCCAAACUGUUUGAAAUAAAAGACAAACUGGUUUUGAAGAUGGAAUAAUCUA